CUGGGAGGAUGGUAUAAAGUUCUGGUUCUGUUCCAGGGCCCGGUUCUGGGAGGAUGGUAUAAGGUUCUGGACAGACUGGUGACUGGCGAAACCAAAACGGCUGCGCUUAAGAAAAUGCUUUUUGACCAGGUGGGUUUCGCACCCUGUUUCCUUGGGACAUUCCUCAGCAUUUCCGGGGUCUUGAACGGGCUGACGGUGGAUGAGAACAUUGCCAAACUCAAGAGGGAUUACACAGACGCCCUCAUCUCCAAUUAUUACCUUUGGCCUCCCGUCCAGAUUGCCAAUUUUUACUUCGUACCGCUCCACCACAGGCUGGCCGUGGUGCAGAUCGUGGCGGUGGUCUGGAAUUGCUAUCUAUCCUGGAAGGCCAAUAAGAUGUGAUGGAUAAGCCUCUUUUUUCUACCUCAUGUAUCAAUACAUAGGACAGUCAGUGGUUUUUGCCGCAGUUGAAAUGCGAUUGACUUCAGGCAAACCUUUGACAUCAAAACCUGUUUAAUUUACCUUCAAAAAAAACGAAAAACUAAUUGCCAAUACAGAUUACAGUCAUUUUAGAUAAUCUUGCUAUUUUUGUUGAACGCUUUAGUACGAGUUUUCUUACAGAGACUUUGUACAUGCUCAUAUGUAGAGGUGUCCUAUACUUGAAGAUUGUACAUGCAUUUGAGUAUGUGGUACAUUAAAGGAAUGUUUCUCACUAUAUAA